CUGGAAGAAAACAUUCGUACCACCUCCAAUCUCGACCUGAAGCUGAAGCUGAAGUUUGCAACACUCCAGCGACUCCAAUGGCUUCCGUCGUAGCUUCCUCUGCCAUUGUCACCCCGGUCUCAGCUUUGGCUGCGUCCACCAGCACCUCGUCGGCCGAGGUCGUGUCUGUCAAGGCCUUCUCAGGCCUCAGGGCCGGCGCAUUCGCAGGCAAGGCCGAGUGGCAGAAGAAGACCAUCACCAAUGGCAGCCGCAUCAGUUGCAUGCAGGUAUGGGAGCCCUACAACAACCUCAGGUUCGAGACUCUCUCGUACCUGCCGGCCCUGAGCCAGGAUUCUCUGGCCAAGCAGAUCGACUACAUGAUCUCCAACAACAUGAUUCCGUGCAUCGAGUUCGACACUCAGGGAGUGGUGUUCCGCGAGUUCAGCAGGAUGCCCGGCUACUACGACGGCCGAUACUGGACCAUGUGGAAGCUGCCCAUGUUCGGGUGCAAGGACUCGUCGACGGUGUUGGGCGAGGUCGAGGAAUGCAAGAAGUUGUACGGUGACAAGUGCUUCAUCAGGGUGCUGGGAUUCGACAACAUCAAGCAGGUCCAGUGCUCUGCCUUCAUCGUCCACAAGCCCGGCCAGUAAACGGGACUCGCCGAUCUCUCGACGAGUGUGUCGAAGGUAAUUGAACUCGGGGGCCCGGUAGGUGGGCGGAGUCUGUAGGUCACAGGUAAUGACGCUGUGGAAUUAAGAUCCACUUCUGCAUAGUUUGGGAGGAUGCCAAGCUUUGGGUAUAGAAGUAUGUCUCUGUAGCGCGUCAAACUCAUUAUUGCUGAGGAAUUUAUUCUUGCGGGAUUCUGAAGCCCUUAUCUUUCGUCUGUAAACUGCUUGUUUCAAAUUUUGGAAAUCACG